UAACAAACGGUAAAGUCCAAGAUUUGACUAUCUGAUUUUGUGAAAGGGGAGAAAAAAUGGAGAGAUUUGCAGAGCUGAAAAAAGCAGUAGAGACAGUGGAAAUAGUAGAUGCUCAUGCCCAUAACAUUGUGGCACUGGACUCCACCUUCCCUUUUCUCAACUGCUUCUCUGAAGCCUCCGGCGACGCCUUAUCCGACGUACCCCAUACCAUCAACUUCAAGAGAAGCCUAAAGGAAAUUGCUCAACUGUAUGGCACAAGCUUAUCCUUACAUGCUGUUCAAGAAUCUCGGCAGCGCUUUGGGUUGGAGUCGAGCUCUGCUAUUUGCUUCAAAGCUGCAAAAAUCUCUGUAUUACUUAUUGAUGAUGGAAUUGAGUUGGACAAAAAGCUUGACAUCAAAUGGCAUGAAAGUUUUGUACCAACAGUUGGUAGAAUACUACGAGUUGAGCGUGUUGCUGAAAAGAUUCUUGAGAAGGGUUCAAAUGGAACAACAUGGACUCUGGGAUCAUUCUUGGAGAUUUUCACUGAGGAGUUGAAGUCAGUAGCAUAUAAAGUUCUUGCAUUUAAAAGUAUAGUAGCAUAUCGCAGCGGUCUUGCAAUUAAUACAGAAGUCACUGAAAAGGAGGCUGAGGAGGGCCUGAGUGCUGUUUUAUCUGCUGGGAAUCCAGUCCGAAUCUCAAACAAGAGCUUCAUUGAUUAUAUCUUCAUGCAUGCUUUGAAGGUUGCUCAAAGUUAUGACUUGCCAAUGCAAAUACACACAGGUUUCGGGGACAAGGAUUUGGAUCUGAGGCUAGCUAAUCCCCUUCAUCUUCGAAAUCUUCUUGAGGAUAAGAGAUUCUUGAAGAGUCGGUUAGUGCUUUUGCAUGCGUCCUACCCGUUCUCAAAGGAAGCUUCAUAUCUGGCUUCUGUGUAUCCCCAAGUCUAUCUUGAUUUUGGGUUGGCAAUUCCUAAACUUAGCUUCCACGGGAUGAUAUCCUCAGUGAAAGAACUACUGGAGCUUGCUCCAAUGAAUAAGGUUAUGUUCAGCACUGAUGGCAUCGCAUUUGCUGAAACCUUUUAUUUAGGUGCAAAGAAAGCACGUGAAGUAGUAUUCUCUGUUCUACGUGAUGCAUGUGUUGAUGGUGAUCUCUCAAUUCCAGAAGCUGUUGCAGCCGUUAAAGAUCUUUUUGCAGAGAACGCAAAGCAAUACUACAAGCUUGAUAUUUCUUCAAAGUAUUCCGAUGUAAAACCUCCUUUAUCAUCUGCCUUCCAGGAGGAAGAGUUAAAUGGCUCAUUGAAGGAUGUCACCUUUGUUCGUAUUAUUUGGAUUGAUGCUUCUGGCCAGCAUAGAUGCCGUGUUGUUCCACAGCAACGCUUCUACAGUUCUGUGGGAAAGCACGGUGUAGGCUUAACUUGUGCAUGUAUGGGCAUGAGUUCAACAUCUGAUGGUCCUGCAGUGGAUACUAAUCUCACCGCUUCAGGAGAAAUCAGAAUUGUUCCUGAUUUAUCUACUAAAUGCAGACUCCCGUGGGCAAAACAACAAGAAAUGGUUUUGGCUGACAUGUUCAUUGAGCCUGGUAAAAUUUGGGAAUAUUGUCCAAGAGAAGCAUUACGCAGAGUCUCUAAAAUUUUAAAAGAUGAAUUCGACUUGGUCGUGAAUGCAGGCUUUGAAAAUGAAUUUUUUCUUUUGAAGAGUGUAUUGAGGGAUGGCAAAGAAGAACGGGCACCAUUUGACCGAACUUCUUACUGCUCUACAGCAGCAUUUGAUGCUGCAUCCCCAAUACUCGAAGAGGUUUUCGCUUCUCUUCAAUCAUUGAAUAUUAUUGUCGAACAGUUACAUGCAGAGGCUGGGAAAGGUCAGUUUGAAAUUGCUCUGAAAUACACAAAUUGUAGUAGAGCAGCUGACGGCUUAAUUUUCACACGUGAAGUCAUCAGAGCAGUUGCAAGGAAACAUGGGUUGCUGGCAACUUUUGUGCCAAAGUAUGCAUUAGAUGAUAUUGGCUCGGGAUCGCAUGUGCACAUCAGUUUGUCCAGGAAUGGAGAAAACAUUUUUAUGGCAUCUGAUGGAUCAAGUCGGUAUGGGAUGUCAAAGAUUGGGGAAGCAUUCAUGGCUGGGGUGUUAAAUCAUCUUCCUUCCAUAUUACCAUUUACUGCACCACUUCCUAAUAGUUAUGACCGCAUACAACCUAAUACGUGGAGUGGAGCGUAUCUCUGCUGGGGGAAAGAAAACAGAGAGGCACCAUUAAGAGCUGCUAGUCCUCCUGGAGUUGCACAUGGCUUUGUAAGCAAUUUUGAAAUUAAAGCAUUUGAUGGGUGUGCAAACCCAUACCUCGGUCUUGCCUCCAUAAUUACUGCUGGAAUUGAUGGCUUGCGGAGAAACUUAAGCCUUCCAGAACCAGUAGAUGGAGAUCCUGAUAUCCUUAAAGAGAAUCUUCAAAGAUUACCAGCGUCUCUCGCUGAAUCUGUAGAAGCUUUAGAGAAAGAUACGCUUUUCAGAGAUAUGAUUGGUGAAAAGCUUUUGAUUGCCAUAAUAGGAGUUCGCAAGGCUGAGGUGAAGUACUAUUCUGAAAAUAAGGAAGCAUAUAAGGACCUCAUAUACAAAUAUUAGGUUGAUCAUAUCUACUGUGAGAUCAGUACUAUUUUCAAUUAUUAUCAAGCAUCAACUGAUUUUGCUGUGUCCUAUCUAAUUUCUUUCAUUUUAUGCAAUUGCUUAAUAAAGCAUUUUGGCAA